GAAACUCGAGAGGCAUGGCUCGCCAGCCAGUACUUCGUACUAUGUCAUGUGGCGUUGCUGCUUAUCCUGUCCAACCUGAUUUCACCAAUGGCUGCUUUCCCUUCUCAGCUCCCACUUCUUCUCAUGAUACUCAACAUUGUUGUAAUAAGUCCAACCAAUGCUGGUUAUUGGCCGCCUUCCCCUGGCUACUACCCAAGUUCCAGGUUUAGGUCCAUGAGCUUUUAUAAAGGCUACAGAAACCUCUGGGGUGCCAAUCAUCAGAGUGUUGACAAUAGUGGCAUUACUAUUUGGCUCGAUAGCUCUUCAGGUAGCGGGUUUAAGUCCGUGAAACCCUUUCGAUCGGGCUAUUUUGGUGCUUCCAUCAAGCUCCAACCUGGUUAUACUGCAGGAGUCAUAACCGCCUUCUAUCUUUCUAACAACGAAGCUCAUCCGGGGUUCCAUGAUGAGGUGGAUAUCGAGUUCCUUGGGACUACGUUUGGGAAGCCGUACACGUUGCAAACAAACGUUUACAUCCGGGGAAGUGGCGAUGGGAGGAUAAUUGGGAGAGAGAUGAAGUUCCAUCUGUGGUUCGAUCCCACCCGACAUUUUCAUCACUAUGCCAUCCUCUGGAAUCCUAAGGAGAUUAUAUUCCUCGUGGAUGAUGUUCCGAUAAGGAGAUACCCCAGAAAGAGUGCAGCAACAUUCCCCCUGAGGCCAAUGUGGGUGUAUGGAUCCAUAUGGGAUGCAUCUUCCUGGGCGACCGAGGAUGGAAAGUACAAGGCCGAUUACCGCUACCAACCAUUCAUCGGAAAAUUCACAAACUUUAAAGCGAGCGGUUGCACCGCCUAUGCACCGGCUUGGUGUCGCCCGGUGUCUGCCUCCCCGUUUCGUUCCGGUGGGCUGAGCGGCCAGCAGUACAGGGCUAUGCAGUGGGUCCAAAGUCACUACUUGGUUUACGAUUAUUGCAGGGACUACAAAAGGGACCAUUCCCUAACACCGGAAUGCUGGCGCUAGUAUAUUAUAUUAAAUCGAUUGGGAGUGAAAUUUACACAACAGUUUUCUACAUAAAAUUCAGUCCUUAAUCUCACGAGUGUGAAAGUGAAUGGAUCUUGGGGUGGCCUGAGAUGCAUCCUGCUUGCCUGCAACAAAAUCUCCCAAAAAAAAAGGCAGAAAGAAAAUAAGAAAUUUGUGUAGUUUUCGUUGAUUUUGUUAGUGUCGCGCACGUACACAUAUAAAUCUACGACCAGACAUCACCCGAAAAAAAGAAGAGAAAAAAAGAUAAAGAGAGUGUGACAGCUAGGAAUAAUGAGGCCACGUACGCGGUGGCUUUCCGUCCAAUUGGACGUAUUCAGUUGUCAUUUCCAAGUAAAGCGAAAUCGGUUUGUUGCAAAAGAAACAAACCGAUGGACUGGUCGGUCUCUGGCCACUCAUCAGAUGGUCUGUA